AUGCGUUUGGAUGAGGAUAGUCAGGCCACUAAUGCUUUUGUGUGUUGGAACAUCUGGCUUGGGCGAAAUGGAGUGGUCUGGAAUGAUAAACCACUGGAAGCAGUUGCCAUUGUUGCUUCUGUUUGUCAUCAAUACUCUUCUUGGAAAAACUAUGAUUCUGCUAAUGUCAGAGGUGUAGUAAUAAGUAGGAAUGAUGGCUUAAUUCGAUGGAAAGCUCCAUCCCUUGGUUGGUUGAAAGUCAACACGGAUGCAGCUUUUUUUCCGGGUAGACAAAGGAUCAAAAUAGGAUUGUGGUUCGUGAUUGUUUGGGUAAUCUUGUCCAAGCUCGCCAAUUUCGGUAACAAUUCCCCUCGUUUGGAUGAAAUUAUAGGGAUAAGGGAGGCUCUAAGCUGGUUAAAGGACAAAGAUAAAAUUAUUUUGGAGUCUGACGCUAUGGAGGUGCUAUUAGAAAUCAGGAAUCCAGGCUGUUGGGAGUCGGAGUUGCUGGCUAAGGACUAUGUCAAUUUAGCGAAGCGGUUUGAUAACAUUAAUUUUAUUUUCGUGAGGCGAUCUGCGAAUCAGGCGGCACAUGUUUUAGCGCAAUAUGCCAGUUCUAUUUCAGGUCAUCAGAAGUGGUUUUGUCACUUUUCUGAAUUUUCUCACAACUGUAAUCGUUUUCGAUUUGAUUUAAUAGAAUCUUUUCUGUCCAUAAAAAUUGAAUAA